AUGGAUCGAAUCAGGAGAAAACUCAACGAAAUCAACGAGAAUUUCGACUUCAGUAAGAAAUGUGUGACCGCUGACAAACUCAAUGAACGUGGAUUAACAGGAAUCACUCUCCGUCCAUACCAGCUUGAAGGUGUCAAUUGGCUCAUACAGCGUUGGCAUAGAAACCAUGGAUGUAUUCUUGGUGAUGAAAUGGGGCUAGGAAAAACUUGCCAGACUAUUUCAUUCUUGACAUACUUAUAUGGGUCUGGAGAUCUUAAAGAUCCUUAUCUCAUCCUCUGUCCAUUAUCUGUUAUUCCAAAUUGGAAAAAUGAACUAGAAAGAUUUUCUCCCAAACUGAAAGUAAUGCUGUACAUGGGAGACAAAGAUAAACGAGAAGAACUCAGGGAAGAGUCGUCCACAAAAAAUUAUGAUGUAUUUCUUUCAACUUAUGAGUUAUGUCUCAAGGACUCAGCUUUCCUUGGUAAGUUCAAAUGGACUUCACUGGUCGUAGACGAAGCACACAGAUUAAAGAACAAGAAUUCACUUCUCCAUAAAACAUUAUUGGAGUUUGAUAUCAGCCACUGCGUACUCCUGACAGGAACUCCAGUUCAGAACAAUCUUACCGAGUUGUUUGCUUUGUUGUCGUUUGUUGCACCAUCCAUUUUUAAAAGCAGUUAUUGUGAAGAAUUUGUAGAGUCAUAUAGUGAUGUCAAAGCUGACAGUAAUGAGGCAAAAGAGUUGCACUCCAUAUUACAGCCACUUUUACUACGUAGAGUUAAAUCAGAGGUAGUUCUGGAUUUGCCAAAGAAGUCAGAAGUUAUUCUGUAUCACGGUAUUUCAGAUAUUCAGAAGACAUAUUAUAAAGCUAUUCUUACUAAGGAUAUAGAUGCAUUCCAGAAUCCUGAUGGUUCCAAUAAAACCCGACUAAAUAACAUUCUUAUACAACUCAGGAAGUGUGUCAAUCACCCAUACCUCUUUGAUGGUGUUGAACCGGAACCAUUUGAGCUUGGUGAGCAUCUAAUAGAAGCCAGUGCAAAACUACAUUUACUGGAUCAGCUUUUAUCAUUUCUGAAUUCACGCGCACACAAAGUAUUGUUGUUUUCACAAAUGACAAGAAUGCUUGAUAUUAUACAAGAUUAUCUAGGUUACAGAGGCUACAGUUAUGAACGACUUGAUGGCUCAGUCAGAGGGGAGGAAAGAUUUUUAGCAGUGCGGAAUUUCAAUGAACAAGACGAUACAUUUAUAUUUUUACUGAGUACAAAAGCAGGUGGACAGGGACUAAAUCUUGCCAGUGCUGAUACUGUCAUAUUUGUAGAUAGUGAUUUCAAUCCACAGAAUGAUUUACAAGCCGCUGCUAGAGCACACAGAAUUGGACAAACCAAACCUGUGAAAAUUAUUCGAUUGGUGGGACGGGACACAGUGGAGGAAAUAAUUUUAAAGAGAGCUGAUGAGAAGCUGAGUCUCACAAAUACUGUUAUUGAAGGUGGUCAGUUUUCACUGGGGGCAGCUGGACCAGCAGAAACACCACAGAAGUUGACUGAUAUGCUGAAGUUUGGUCUUGAUAAAUUAUUUGACUCUGAAGAAAAAAAUAUGAAUGAGAAAGACUUCAAAAAGAUCCUUGGAGCAAGCAUCAAUGGUGAAUGGCAGUUGAAAGAGGAGGCAGAUACCAUGGCGAUGAAAGAAGAUGAUGAACUUGAUACCUUAGAGGAACAAGCUAACAUGUAUGUGUUUGAAGGCAAGGACUACUCGGUGGAACCCAGCAUGGCUGAUCAAAAGGCGUUUGACGAUUUAAUAGCAGGUGAGUUGUCCUUACAGCAAGAAUCAAUGUCAGAGAAACGCUUAAUGAGGAAGCACAGAAGUGCCACGGCAACUAUGCUACCACAUCAGUUGCCAAGCAGAAAGAGAAAAGUACUGACAGAUGAGGAGAAAGAAGAGAGGAAGAAAAAGAGAGAAGAAGCGGCUGCAAAAAGAGCAAGACUUUUAGAAGAAGAAGAAAUUAGAAGAGCGCAAGAACGAAGAAAGAGAAGAGAUGAGAUCUGGAAAGCUAAUAGCUAUGAGACUUCUAAUAUCUCUAUGGAAACAGAAGAUGAAGAGGAAGAUGAAGAAGAGAUCUUAGCAACAUUGGAUGAGGAGAAGCAACUAAGAAAAGCUAUAAAUUACGUCAGUGGUGAUGUUACACAUCCUGUUGGUACAGAUGGCCAGGAUGCUAUCAUAGUACACUGUGUUGAUGACAGUGGUAGGUGGGGUACGGGUGGCCUAUUUUCUGCAAUUUCAGCCAGAUCCCCACAGCCAGAAGAACACUACCAACUAGCUGGUAAAAUGCAAGAUUUAGCGCUUGGUGAUGCUCAUCUUAUUCCCAUAGAUGAUGUGGAGAAAAGAGAAGAUGGAAGAGACAUGUGUGCUGUCAUCAUUGCACAACACAGAGAUAAAAAAGGACGACUAUCUGGUAUUAAGUUAUUAGCACUCAGCCAGGGGCUACAGAGAAUCUACAAAGCAGCUAAGAAAAUGAAUGCAAGUGUUCAUCUUCCUCGUAUUGGCUACGCCACACAUGGAUUCAAUUGGUACGGUACCGAGAGACUUAUCCGAAAACAUCUAUCGUCAAAGGGAAUUCCAACCAAUAUAUAUUAUUUCCCAAGAAAAAAUAGAAGUCUACAAAAACAACUUUCCAAUACCGCAUCCAAUGAUGAUCCUCAGCCUUCCACAUCAUUUAGUGAUGAAACUCAGCCAUCAACGUCAAAGUCCCAUGAUGCAUCUGAUGAAGAUUCCCAGAAUGCAAUUUUGCCUGACUUCCUAUCUAGGGUUGCUGUAUACUUUCAUGAAAUUGAUGAGAGUGAAAGAAAGAAACUGACAAGAUUUCUGAUUGCAUAUCCUUUCAAUGUUACUAUAAUCAUUUAA